GAGGGACUGAGCCUCUGACGGCGCCGGCGUCACCGGGACGCAGAGGCCGCUCGGGGUAGUGGUUCGUGGCAGGAGCAGGGGCAGGCAGGGCAGCCAUGCUCCCUUCCUUCAGUUACGUGACCCGUCACACCGGCUUCCGUGGUACCAUCAAAAACUCACCGAGUGACUUCGUAGUGACAGAAAUCGAGGUGCCUGAGCACCUGCAGGGGGUGAGCAGGGCUGAGCCCCUUCAGAGAACCGGCGAGGUGCUGCCAGAGCGCAGCAGCCCGUGCCCGCAGCAGCCCAAGAAGCGGCGAGUGGAAGCUCCGCCAGCCGCGGGGGGUGACCCAGGCCGGGCAGGAGGCGGCUGUUCCGCACCCCCUGGCACAAACCAUCGCGAGAGUGAACCUGACCUGAAGCCUGGCCUCAAGGAAGGCGGUAUGUUGGAUUCCUUGCUGGGCAAAUCCAUGAGUGAACUGCUUAAUAAAUUCGCUUGUGAUGUGAAGGAUGCCUGGGACUUGGAAAAUAAUGCUGACUGUAGCAGCAGGGAGUUCUCCCUGGGGCCCGUACCGGACAAGAAAACCCGAGCUGAUUUGCACAGUGCUGUUAGGCAGAAAUUCCCCUUCCUACUUACUGCUUCAAAAGACAGUGAAAUGAUAGUGAAAGGAAAUGCUGAUUACAGAGAACUUUGUCGGUUAGUGACUGAAAAGGAAACAAGUGAUUUCUUCAAAUUUUUGGAUGCGAAGCUAGAAAAUGCGACGUUUUCUUUUGAGCCUGAUGGAAACAAAGAGCACAGGAAAAUAGUUCACCACUUUAUCAGUAGAAAAUUUGGGAAACUUUUAGAAACAAAGUCUUUUACGGUGACAGAUGUCAAUGAUCAGCCAAAUGUGUCAAUAGUGGUACGAUUUAGAGAAAAAAGGUGGUCCGGAAAAAGAUCUGCUGGUGGUUUCCAGGAAAAACAAGAUGUUUAUACAGCUUUCACCCUUCAGAAGGAAAAUCUGGAAACACUGGAAGCAAUUGGGUUAUUGGCUGCUGAGCUUGGUGUUCUUCCUUCAGACUUCAGCUAUACUGGCAUCAAAGACAAGAAGGCUAUUACUUACCAACCUAUGGUUGUGAAGAAGGUGACUCCUGAGAGGUUGAAAGAAAUUGGGAACAAAAUGGAAAACAAGGGCAUGAAAAUACACAACAUUCAUCUGGCAUGCCAGCACCUUAAACUUGGUCAGCUGAAGGGCAAUCACUUUGACAUAGUUGUGAGAGAUCUUAAACACCACAGUCAUGAUGACUCUUCUGCAGAUUUGAAAAAGAGAAUAUCUGAAGCAAUGGAAAACGUUGAGAUAAAAGGAUUUGUAAAUUACUACGGACCUCAGCGAUUUGGACAAGGACAGAAUGUUCAGACAGAUCAAAUAGGAUUGGCUUUACUGAAUGAAAAAAUGGUGAAAGCUGUGAAGUUAUUCUUCACACCUGAAGAUACUGAUGACCCUGUAAACAAUGCAAAAAGAUACUUUCUUCAAACUGAAGAUGCAAAAGGUGCACUUGGGAUGCUGCCGGAAUUUAAAGUGAGAGAGAAGAUGUUGCUACGAGCUUUACAUCGCUAUGGUGUAAAUCAUGAAGGUUGUACCAAAGGAUGGCUCAAUAUUCCUCAUUCCAUGCGCAUAUUCUAUGUCCAUGCUUAUUGUAGUAAAAUUUGGAAUGAAGCGGCAUCAUAUAGACUGCAGAUCUAUGGUUCCAAAGUUGUUGAGGGGGAUCUUGUCUUCUCAGAACAGGAUGAAAGCUAUUUCCUGAAUGACAAGGUUCAUGUAGUCACUGCUCCAGAAGAGUCUGCUAACAAAUAUUCUAUAAACCAAGUGGUUCUUCCAAUGGUGGGACAUAGUAUCAAGUAUCCCAGUAAUAAAGUUGGGCAAUGGUACCGUGAAAGGCUUUCUAAAGAUGAGCUGCAAAUGUGCAAAUUCAGAGUGUCUCCACUACAGCUGAAUAUACCUGGAUGCUACAGACCCAUUUUGAAAAAUAUUCAGAAUCUGUCAUAUUUUUUGCAAAGUAAUGAAGAAGGAAUUGGAAUUGAAGACAACCAUCUGACUGAAUCAAAAGUAUCUCUUCAUAUAUCAUUUGACCUUGAUCCUUCAUGUUAUGCAACGGUCUGUCUGAGAGAAAUAAUGAAAUGUGACCUUUAAGAUUCCAAUUAAUGAAAGAUUGCAGGGGUAUUGUACAGUGGUGAUAUUUUAUGUGUAAUGCCAAGAAUAUAAGGGAGAAUAACAAGUCCAAGCCAGAAACAGAAAAAAAUCAUAGAUUAAAGUUCACACCGAUUAGGAAGAAACUCACAAAAAAACUUGUAAUGUUCCAAAAACAUUCCAAACCCUAAAUGCAAACCCUUUGUUUCAUUGGAGUAAAGCUACGUGUUAUGCCAGGCCAGUUUAACAGGACUUAAUGAGGGCAUGGGCUGCAAGCAUGAAUUUCAUAUUUGCAUAGGGCUCUGACUUGCAAAGUUAAAUCCUGGAAAAUGGUUUGCAGCAAGCACAUGAAUCUUUUAUUUCAUAAUUUUAAAAAAUGGUUUACACUAAAGUUUGCAGCCAACAUAUACGUAACCGAAAAGCUGCUGUACUGAGGUCCACUAAAUAUAUUUUCAUUGUGUUCAGGCACAAAGUGUGAAAAGGUAAAUGUCCUGAGUCAGCAGUGACAAAAGUAAUCUGAUACUUUAUCAGACAUUUGAUGAAUCCCCAAUCUUUAAUUAAAGCUAAGGAUUUCAGGAUUAAGUAGUGCAAAGCAGUUGGUUAGUGCCUAUUGAAGCUCAUCAAGAUGAGGUGAGUAAUGAACAUAACUGCAAAAUAAUUUAUAAUAAAACCAAAAUAUCAUUUUAUUGUUUACAGGAUGAGGACUUUAUUCCUGUUACUAUAAAGCCUUCUGAUGCAAAAAAAAAAAAAAAAGGUUAAUGGAACUGCCCCUGGAAAAAAGCUUUUAUAUUUUUUUCAUAAUUAAAAAAAAUAAUACAGUUAA